GCCUUGACAACCGCUCGACCAACGACCAACGAGACACAGUCAAGAUGGGUAUCUCACGGGACUCUCGGCACAAGCGCGCCGCUACCGGUGCCAAGCGAGCUUUCUACCGGAAGAAGAGAGCCUUCGAGGCAGGUCGCCAGCCUGCGAACACCCGUAUCGGUGCCAAGCGCAUCCAUGUUGUCCGCACCCGCGGCGGCAACCACAAGUACCGUGCGCUCCGUCUUGACUCGGGCAAUUUCGCCUGGGCCUCGGAGGGCUGCACCCGCAAGACCCGUGUCAUUGUGGUCGCAUACCACCCAUCGAACAACGAGCUCGUCCGUACCAACACCCUGACCAAGUCCGCCGUCGUCCAGGUCGACGCCGCCCCCUUCCGUCAGUGGUACGAGGCCCACUACGGCCAACCGAUCGGUCGCCGUCGCCAGCAAAAGCAAGGCCAGACCGUUGAGGAGGUCAAGAAGAGCAAGUCGGUCGAGAAGAAGCAGGCUGCUCGCUUCGCCGCCUCCGGCAAGGUCGAGCCCGCUCUCGAGAAGCAAUUCGAGGCUGGCCGUCUCUACGCCGUCAUCUCCAGCCGUCCUGGCCAGUCCGGCCGCUGCGAUGGCUACAUCCUCGAGGGCGAGGAGCUCGCCUUCUACCAGCGCAAACUCCACAAGUAAGCGCUGUGCGAGGAAGGGAGUCACGUACUGAAUGGGAGGAGCAAGUCUGGGCAUGGGGGCGUACAUCGGUGUUUCGCCUGGGUGUUGAUGGGUCAUUUCUGGUUGCAUUGCUGCCCGUCGGGUCGAUUUUGGUGGGAUCUGCGGGUAUGAAAAAGAAGGCGGACAGUGCAAUGUCAUUUCCAAUCGCUUUCGUCACCGGUAACAGGGCAUGGCAGGGUUAUUAGGGCAAUGGAAAAUGAAUACCACCACCAUGAAGCAAGCACCAGCACCCCCAAGCAGUCAAUUG